AUUUCUAGUUUCAGCUUUGGCCCCAAAUCCACAAUGUCCAUCGGCCGCCCGAUCCCAAACUCAGACCCAUUGAAAUACGGAGGAUUGGAGCUGGAAGCCAUCUCAUACUGGUAAAUUGAACUGAGAGUCGGAGCGAGAGUAGAGUAGAGAGAGAAGGAGAUGGAUCGGCAGCACGAAGAGCAAGAGCACGAAGUGUAUGGAGGAGAGAUCCCCGACGAGGGUGAGAUGGAGGCUGACGUUGAGAUGUCCUCUAGAGCUGACGACGAGGAGCUUCAAGAUCCUAACUCCAAGGACUUGGAGGACAUGAAGAAGAGGCUUAAGGAGAUCGAAGAAGAAGCCGGCGCUCUUCGCGAAAUGCAGGCUAAGGUCGAGAAGGAGAUGGGCGCUGUUCAAGAUUCAUCCAGUGCUACUGCAACUCAGGCUGAAAAGGAGGAGGUGGAUGCUCGAUCCAUAUAUGUUGGUAAUGUUGACUAUGCAUGUACUCCUGAAGAGGUCCAGCAGCACUUUCAAUCUUGUGGAACAGUAAACAGAGUGACAAUUUUGACAGACAAGUUUGGGCAACCAAAAGGAUUUGCUUAUGUUGAGUUUGUUGAAGUUGAUGCUGUUCAGAAUGCUCUUUUGUUAAAUGAAUCCGAAUUGCAUGGUCGUCAAUUGAAGGUCUCUGCUAAGCGAACAAACAUUCCUGGAAUGAAACAAUAUAGAGGAAGGCGACCUAACCCAUAUUUAGGUUUUCCACCCCGAAGGCCCUUCAUGCCUGUUUAUCCUCCAUAUGGUUAUGGAAGGGUUCCAAGGUUCAGAAGACCGAUGCGGUACAGGCCAUACUAAUGGUUAAAUUGUGGACGUGAAUUUUUCCCCCUAAGUUGGAGCUUGUAGUAGUACUAAUGGUUAAAUUACGUUCAUCAUAUUAUGCCUUUACCUGCUUUAGAGGAGACGACAAAAGGGGGCGAGUAUGCAGAUGUUAGUUGUAGUAAUAACUAUUAAUUAUCUUUAGGCCUCUACAAGUUCCUCCUCCAGAUUGGUAAUUUUCAAUUCAGUUUGUGUAAGCUCAGACAUUGUAGAAUUCAAAUUGAUCCCACUAUUUGCAUUGAUUUUGUACGCUAAUUGUGAAUUAUGGAUAACUAUUUUGCAAGUUUCAA